AUGACCAUAGAACUGAGGCGUACAGUAAAGAGAGGUGGAGAGAGGGGGCAGCAACCCAGGGAACGGAUGAAUCCAAAGGAAUACGAUGCUGGUUCACAGGAGACAUGGUGGCAGGAGGACGAUGGGAUUACAAAGUUGACACAGAAGUCACAUCUGGAUGGACAUCAAGGUUCCCUUCUCCAGUUCAAAGCAGAGAUUGAAACUAAAUCGAUCUGUAUAUCGAACGAUCAAAACAAGAUCGGCAAGCAUUGCUCCCUGGACUCCUUUAAGCCAACGUGGGAGUGGCGGAGGCUCGAUCAUGUGACAGGGGGCCGGAACUGGGCAAGUUGUGGGAAACGCAAGGUUUUGACCAAAACAAACGGCGACGCUGCCGCUGCCGCUGCAGGGUCUAUGGCCGAGGCGGUGAGGCCCACUCGCCGGGCCAAGUCCAAGGCCAGCCGGACUAAAACCAAGGAAAAGAAGAAAUGUGAAACUCUUCAGAGGGAAGAGUCUGAUGAAGUUUCCCUGCCAAAAAUCUCCAGAGAACUGGAACCCCCUCCUUUAGCUUGUGAGUUCACAGAAGGCCACCUGAAGGUCUUAACUGAUUCCCAGCUCAAGAAUGUUGCCACUGGACAAAAUGAGAGUGAAAUGGUUGAUGUACCACUCACUUCCUUACCUAUAAGCAGGGAAGGGUCCCCAGCAUGUACCACAGAGACUCUGAGGGAAGAGAAUGAGGUCAGAGCCUGUGUUGGGGACGAUGCAUUCAAGUUGAAGGCCAGCCCUGGAGACGAUGUUGGAACCAAAGCAGAAAGCCCCAAGGACUUUACACAAAUAGAGGAAAAUAAAGUGGUACAAUGUGAACCUUCUGAAAGCACAGUGCAGUUUACUAUUUCUUCUACUCAGCAGGAAAUGGAAAAUUUACAGGUCAGAGAAAAUCAGAUUAGGAAAGAACACAACCAAGUUCUGGAUCUUUCUUCAGAGGUGCUACAACAUGUUGGCUUGCAGAGUUCUUGUGAAGCCACAGAUCUUUUUCAGCCACCCAAGGUGAAAAAACUGUAUCCCCAGUUGCCAGCUGAAGUUGCUGAAGUACCAGCUCUGGUGGCAGUGAAACCCUUGCUUCGUAAUGAGCGACUAUACCCGGAGCUCCCAUCUCAGCCAGAACUGGUACCAUUUACUAAAGAACAGCUAAAAAUCUUUGAGCCUGGGUCAUGGCUAGAAAAUGUGGAAUCCUAUCUAGAAGAAUUUGACAGCAUGGCUCACCAGGACAGACAUGAAUUUUAUGAAUUGAUCUUGAACUACUCACGAUGUAGGAAGCAACUGCUACUAGCCGAAGCUGAGCUUCUUGCUCUGACAUCUGAUUGCCAAAAUGCUAAAAGUCGACUGUGGCAUUUUAAGGAGGAACAGUUGUCCGUGCAGGGUAUCUGUGCCGAUCAAGUGAAAGUUUCAGGCUAUCAUCGCUACCAAAGAGUAGAGAUGAAUGAAAAUGCACUGGCGGAGCUAAAGAAGCUGUUUGAUGCCAAAUCUGAGCACCUCCACCAGACGCUGGCUUUGCACUCCUACACCUCAGUGCUCUCAAGGUUGCAAGUGGAGUCUUACCUCUAUGCGUUACUCAAUAGUGCGGCUGUUCUCAGAUCCUUAGCAAUUCAUCAGCAAGGCCCAGCUUCUAAGCAGACAGAAAGCAUUCCCUCUGAUCUGUGUCAGCUAAAGGAGUGCAUUAGUGUCUUAUUCAUGUUCACCAGGAGAGUCAAUGAAGAUACUCAAUUCCAUGAUGAUAUUCUUCUCUGGCUGCAGAAAUUGGUAUCAGUGUUACAAAGAGUUGGCUGUCCUGGAGAUCACUUCUUCCUUCUAAAUCAUAUUCUUCGAUGCCCAGCUGGUAUUAGUAAAUGGGCUGUUCCUUUCAUUCAGAUCAAAGUGUUGAACAAACCAUCAGGGGUCUUUCAUUUUAUGCAGUCCCUUGCCCUGCUUAUGUCUCCUGUCAAGAAUCGAGCCGACUUCCUGUGCCAUAUGAAGCCCAGUGAGUGGAAGCCAUCCUCCUCAGGACCAGCAUCCGGGACGUGGACACUGGUAGAUGAGGGAGGAGAAGAGGAUGAAGACCCUGAGACCAGCUGGAUUCUCCUUAAUGAAGAUGAUUUGAUUAUCCUUUUAUCACAGUUUCCAUUUGAUGAACUCUUUCAACAUCUUCUUGGGUUUAAAGCAGGAGGUCAUUAUUUACCUGAAACAACAAGACCUCAAGAAAUGAUGAAAAUUUUUGCCUUUGCUAACUCACUAGUGGAACUUUUGGCUGUGGGGUUAGAAACCUUUAAUAGAGCCCGCUACAGGCAGUUUGUGAAGCGAAUUGGUUUUAUGAUCAGGAUGACCCUCGGUUAUGUGAGUGACCACUGGGCACAGUAUGUGAGCUACAACCAAGGCUUGGGAUUGGCCGUGCACACCUACUCUUUACAGAAACUACAGCUGGAGUUUGAUGAGCUCUUUUUGAGAGCUGUCCUGCAUGUGCUGAAAGCCAAAAGACUUGGCAUUUGGCUGUUCAUGUCAGAAAUGCCCUUCGGGACACUGUCGGUCCAGAUGCUGUGGAAACUCUUUUACCUCAUGCACCAGGUGGAAAGCGGGAACCUGGAGAAGCUCUGUGUCACUCUCCAGCCUGCUGAGUGCAAGAAGCAGCUCCAAGACCCAGAACAUUUUGUGAACUUCGAGAAGAGUCUUUCUUCCAUGAAUAGUUCAGAAGAGAUUUGUCUUCUGACUACUUUUGCUCAGAUGGCUCAGGCCAGAAGAACCAAUGUGGAUGAAGACUUCAUAAAAAUGAUUAUUCUGGAGAUAUAUGAGGUGUCUUACGUCACUCUGUCCACCAGAGAGACUUUUUCAAAGGUUGGUCGAGAGCUUUUAGGCACCAUCACAGCUGUUCACCCUGAGAUAAUUUCUGUUCUCUUGGAUAGAGUUCAGGAUACCAUCGAGCAGGUCGGAAUGGUUUCUUUAUACUUGUUUAAAGAACUGCCUUUAUAUCUUUGGCAACCUUCUGCCUCUGAGAUAGCUGUGAUUCGAGAUUGGUUAUUGAAUUACAACCUGACCACGGUGAAGAAUAAAUUGGCCUGUGUUAUUCUAGAAGGACUGAAUUGGGGGUUUGGUGAGCAGGAUACCCUUCACCUGGAUCAGGCAGUCCAUACUGAGGUGGCUCUGGUGAUUCUUGAAGCAUACCAGAAGUACCUUGCACAGAAGCCAUAUGCUGGGCUUCUUUCAGAGAGUAUGAAACAGGUUUCAUAUUUGGCCACUGUUGUUCGAUAUGGAGAGACACCCGAGACCUCCUUUAAUCAGUGGGCCUGGAACUUGAUCUUGAGAUUAAAAUUGCACAAAAACGACUAUGGACUACAGCAGAAUUGUCCAGCUGUCCCCUUCUCCAGCGCUGUGCCUGACCUGACAGAGUCACCCACGUUUCAUCCUCUCUUGAAGGCUGUCAAGGCGGGCAUGCCCAUUGGCUGUUAUCUGGCCUUAGCUAUGACGACCGUGGGCCACAGCAUCGAGAAGUUCUGUGCAGAAGGCAUCCCACUGUUGGGAAUUCUGGUCCAGACGAGGCAUUUGAGAACAGUGGUCCAUGUCCUGGAUAAGAUUCUGCCUUUGUUCUACCCUUGCCAAUAUUACCUUCUGAAAAACGAGCAGUUUCUGUCACACCUUCUCCUGUUCCUACACCUGGACAGCGGUGUCCCUCAGGGUGUCACGCAGCAAGUCACCCACAAGGUGGCACAGCACCUGACGGGAGCCAGCCAUGGGGACAACGUGAAGCUUCUCAACAGCAUGAUCCAGGCCCACAUAUCUGUAAGCACCCAGCCCAAUGAAGUGGGCCCCGUUGCCGUGUUGGAGUUCUGGGUGCAGGCUCUGAUAAGCCAGCAUCUUUGGUACCGAGAACAACCCAUCCUCUUCCUCAUGGACCACUUGUGUAAAACAGCCUUUCAGCUGAUGCAGGAAGACUGUGUGCAGAAAUUACUCUACCAGCAACAUAAGAACGCUUUGGGAUACCACUGUGACCGGAGUCUCCUGUCUUCUUUGAUGAGCUGGAUUGUGGCAGGCAACAUCACCCCUUCCUUCGUGGAGGGCUUGGCAGCACCCACUCAGGUUUGGUUUGCAUGGACAGUGCUGAACAUGGAAUCCAUCUUUGAAGAAGACUCCCAGCUCCGAAGAGUUGUUGAGGGGGAGCUGGUUAUAAAUUCUACUUUUACCCCCGACCAAGCUCUAAAGAAAGCCCAAGCACAGCUGAAGCUGCCCAUCGUCCCGUCCCUCCAGAGACUGCUGAUUUAUCGCUGGGCCCAGCAGGCCCUCGUCACGCCGUCUGAUCACCCCCUGCUGCCGCUCAUUUGGCAGAAGUUCUUCCUCCUGUAUCUCCACCGCCCCGGACCGCAGUAUGGGUUACCCAUAGACGGUUGUAUUGGAAGAAGGUUUUUUCAAAGUCCUGCUCAUGUCAACUUGUUGAAAGACUUGAAGAGACGCCUGACCGAGGUGGCCGACUUCCACCAUGCUGCCAGCAAGGCCCUCCGAGUUCCAGCAGAGGGCAGUGAAGGGCCGCCAGUGAGCCAGGCGGGCACCCCUGGUUAUCUGACUUCUCCAGAACUGCACACCGAGCUUGUGAGGCUCUUCAAUGUAUAUAUGUUAUGGCUAGAAGAUGAGACUUUUCAAAAAGGAGAUACCUAUAUCCCUUCUCUACCAAAGCAUUAUGAUACUCACAGGCUAGCAAAAGUGAUGCAGAAUCAGCAGGAUCUGUGGAUGGAGUAUUUGAACAUGGAGCGCAUACAUCAUGAGUUUCAAGAAAGUGUCAGUCUGUGGACACAGGCCAAGCUUGAGUCCCAUUCCACACCCUGCAGUUUGUCAGUGCAACUGGACUUCACCGAUCCUUUACUGGCUAAAGAAAGGGUUUUAAGUAACUUGCAGAAGCAUGACGCUCCCCAGCCUCCCCUUGUCCUGCAGCCAGUGAGGCCUCCCGUGCCAGUUAUCUCCUCAGCCGCGCUUCUGAGCCAAAAGGAUGCCACCCAGCUGGUACGCACAGACCUGAAUCAUUUGCAACAGCAGGCCAGAACUGCAGCUCUUCGGGAAUCUCAACAGGUUGCCCUGGACAGUGAGCUAUUGGACACAAUGCCCAAACAGUAUGUUAACCGUGAAGAACAGAUCACUCUACACUUGGAGUGCAGAGGCAGUAGUGGAAAGAAGUGCCAGGGAGCAGCAGUUGUAACAGUUCAGUUUGAAGGUAUGCAUAAGAAUGAAGCUAUCAGCCAACAACUUCAUGUUUUGAGAAAAGAAGUGAAGCAGUUGCAAGCAGAAGCUGCCAAACCGCCAUCGCUUAAUGUUGUAGAAGCCGCUGUGCAUUCAGAAAACUUGAUUACGGCCUUAGUAAAUGCCUACAAGUUACAGCCUACCCCUGGGGUUCAGAAGGUUGGCAUUAGCCUCUUCUUCACUGUGGUGGAUUACGUCAGUGACGAGACUCAGCGUCAUCCUCCCACAAGGCAGUUCUUUACUUCAUGCAUUGAGAUCUUGGGACAGGUGUUUAUCAGCGGCACUAAGUCAGAAUGUAAAAAAGUGCUUCAGACCAUUCUGAAGAAUAGAAGACUCUGCUCUCUCUUGUCUCCUUUCUUUACUCCCAAUGCAUCACCUGCAGAGUUCAUACAGCUCUAUGAGAAAGUGGUGAAGUUUCUAAGUGAGGACAACAGUGAUAUGAUUUUCAUGCUGCUAACUAAGUUCGAUCUUAAACAAUGGUUACACGCCACUAAACCUCCUCUGUCUGAUCGUACCAGGCUCCUGGAGUCCAUUCAUUUGGCACUUACUGCCUGGGGCCUUGAACCAGAUGAAGAUAUUUUGAUGCCAUUUAAUCUCUUCUGUAAGCACUGGACUUUUCUUCUUCUCUACCAGUUCCCUGACCAGUACAGUGACAUUCUCAGGCUGCUGAUGCAAAGCUCUGCUGAGCAGCUGCUGAGCCCCGAGUGUUGGAAGGCUACUCUGAGGGCCCUGGGCUGCUGCGCCCCGAACUGCCAGCAGGGGGCAGCUUCUGCAGAGAGCUCGGUGCUUCAAGGCUCUUCAGAUGUUCUCCUAUCAGACAAGCAGGUAAUGGAGACUAUCCAGUGGCUCUCAAACUUUUUCUACAAACUUCGGUUAUCCACCUUGGACUUUAAAAGCUUUGGCUUAUUCUCGAAAUGGAAUCCUUAUAUGUCUGAUAUAGAGACACUUUUGGGCUAUCUUGUAAAAAGACUGCUUGACUCUGAAGUGACCUGCUUGGCCCAAGACCCAUCUGCCAACAGCAAAACAGUGCUGAGAUCCCUGCACUCAGUAAUCAUCCAGCUCUUUAAGCCAUGGAUUCUGGUUUUAGAGGACAAUGAAAGCAGCCAGCGGCAUUACCCCUGGCUGGAGAGUGAUGCUGUGGUGGCCUCAAGCCUUGUGCAGCUCUUCACAGACUGCAUUGACUCAUUGCACGAGAACUUUAAAGAUGAGGUGGAACGGGGAAGCCCCAAGAGCUGCUGCUUAUUUUUGGGGUCUGUCCUCUGUGAAGUCAACUGGGUCAGUGUGCUUGCUGAUGCCUGGAGCCCCAGCCCUCACCCAGAGACCCGGAGCAUGAUUGUGUGCCUCCUUUUCAUGAUGGUUUUAUUGGCAAAGGAAGAUCAACUGGUAGACCAGACAGAUUCACCUUUACUUAGUCUUCUUGGGCAGACAAGCUCACUUUCAUGGCAUCUUGUGGAUAUUGGCUCAUACCAGAGUGUGCUGGGUUACUUCAGCAGCCACUACCAGCCAUCCAUCCUCCUGGCAAAGGAAUCUUCUGCUGAAUUAAUCUUGAAACUCCUGAAAGUGUCUGCAGGACUAUCUAUUCCUGCUGACAGCCAGAAACAUUUUGAUGCUGUUCCAAAAUGCCGAGCCUUUACUCAUCAGAUGGUUCAGUUCCUCAGUUCCCUGGAACAGAAUGGAAAAAUCACCUUAGCAGUCCUAGAGCAGAAAAUGUCUAAGCUGCUGGAUGAUAUCAUUACCUUUAACCCGCCUGACAUGGACAGCCAAGCGCGCCACAUGGCCCUCAGCAGCCUCUUUAUGGAAGUCCUCAUGAUGAUGAACAAUGCCACUAUUCCGACGGCAGAGUUCCUGCGUGGCAGUAUCCGGACCUGGAUCGGGCAGAAGGUGCACGGGCUGGUCGUGCUGCCCCUUUUAACAGCAGCCUGCCAGAGCCUGGCUUCCGUCCGCCACAUGGCUGAGACUACGGAAGCCUGCAUCACUGCCUACUUCAAAGAAGGCUCCCCCAAUCAGAAUUUAGGAUGGGGUCCAAUUCUGGUAUCCCUCCAAGUUCCUGAACUCACCAUGGAAGAAUUCCUGCAGGAGUGUCUGUCCCUUGGCAGUUACCUGACUCUCUACGUCUACUUGCUUCAGUGUUUAAAUAGCGAGCAGACCCUGAGGAAUGAAAUGAAGGUGCUGUUCCUCUUAAGCAAGUGGUUGGAACAGGUGUAUCCCAGCUCUGUGCAGGAAGAAGCAAAGCUGUUUUUGUGGUGGCACCAAGUCCUGCAGCUGUCCUUGAUUCAGGCGGAGCAGAAUGACACGGUCAUGACAGGCUCUGUCAUUCACAUUCUGCUCAUGCUUCAGAGCAGGCAAAGCCUGGUGGCCGAGGAAAGGCUGAGCUCCGGGAUUCUUGGGGCAAUUGGGUUGGGCCGGAAGUCGCCCUUGUCUAACAGGUUCCGAGUGGUUGCCCGGGGCAUGGCCGCCUUCCUCUCAGUUCAGAUUCCUGCUGACGAUCAGAUCCGUUUGAAACCCAGCUCUGAAUUACAUCUGUCUCUGAAAGCACAGCAGGCUCUGGCUGCUCUUGAAUCCCUGACAUCAAAUAAGCAGUAUGUCGAAUACCAGGACCAGAUAUUGCAGGCCACACAAUUUAUAAAGCAUCCUGGCCAUUGCCUCCAAGAUGGGAAAAGCCUUCUGGCUCUUCUUGUUAACUGUCUUUAUCCAGAAGUGCAUUAUUUGGACAACAUCCGAUAGUGAUAGUAACACCGAGGCUCUUGAAAACCCCGUUGCUGUUUAUGUUUACAUGUGACUUUGCUGUUGCACAAGUAACUUUGUUCACUCGUUCACUUAACUGCUGAACUCAGUUUGGCCAGUGGGUGAGUUGGCCGAGAAGCAAGUUGCACGGCACUAAAUAUUUCUGUUGUGCAUGUGCACGUGUGUGUGUGUGUGUGUGUGUUCAUGUGUUAAUGUUCAUCCAGCAAGAGAAAUGUACUAAGUUCCACUUGGGUUCAGAGCCACUCACAGUUGCCAAAUAGCCUAGUCAUCUCACCAGACCCCAAGGUGGGGUUCUUUUGUGUCUCCAUUUCUCUCUCCUUCUAUUUAUUUAAAUGUUAAGACUCCUGUGCCACAUCUAACUACUUUAGGAAUCAUGUAGAACCCUUACCUUUGAAACCCAUAUUUCAAGUAAAACAAGCUUUGGACUUUUCUGUACAUCUCAAAUGUGGGGCAACAUAUUUCCCACAUUUUGGGGGGAAAUAUAUAUUUAUUGUAUUAUUUCAAUCAAAUGAAAGAUAAAAAUGUUGAAUUAUUGUGAGUCAUUGUCCAAAACAUGGCCACAUGAUCCACUGGACUGAAGAGAUGGUGACCAGUUUGUUUCCACCCAGCUGCGUGUCCUCACGUAGAGCGCCAGCCACCUGGUGCAGCUGGGUGCGCACAGUGUGGGUUUUGUUUGGCGCUACUCCAGUUCACCACAGACUUAAAUUCUCUUUGGUCCUGCCCUGGCCCAUCCCCUUAUUCUCCUCACUUCUUCAGCCCCCGGAGACCUCUUAAGCUAGUAACCCCCAUUAGACACCAAGUCUGGUACUGGAAGGCCCUGCAUUGACAGACAGCCAUGGACAGUUGUUAAGAACUCAGUUCUCUAUUCCCUGCGUUGCUCCACUCCAUAGUUAGACUCAGAUGAAGCUAGCAAACCUGUUGAAACACUUGUCCAUGGAAACUGGGUCAGGAUCGGAAACCGAAAAUGAAAUUUGCUAUUUCCAGUAGCCAUGUAUCUUCAUUACCAAAGCCUGUAACAUUGCCUCAUUCUGUCGCCUCAUUGUGCUCUUGUUAUUUUCCUCAGGAAUUAGCAGUUUGCCUCCUUCAUCAUAUUUGUAAUACCAUAGCCUCAGAAUUGAUUCCGUUUGUCCAGCUUGUCUUUUGUUGUUAUCUAUAGCCAAGGACAGUCACCUGAAAAUGUCUAUAAACAGCCACAGAGAGCUUUAAGCGGAGAGAAGGAUGCCAAUUAACGGAGUGAUAAUUGCUUUCCAAAUAUCCUUUUGGAGUGCUUCCUCCCAUCUGGAAGCAUGCAGGAGUCAUGCUUUAUGUGAAAUUUGUUUAGUUGGAUAGAACAAUUGUGCCUCACAGACAUAGCUGAUAAAGAUUUGCCUGCUGAUCCCCAAGCUUGCUGGAGGGCAUGUCACAGCUCUCCUGGCGUUUGCUCUCCUCCAGUUCCAGGUCAGUGAUCUUUCCCGCACUGUCAGUGGGAUAAUUUUAGAUGCUGUGGACAGAUUAAUAGAUGAUUUGGCAACACAGCUUUUACGACAGGAACUUCUUUGUGUGCUGUUUUCUUUGAGGAGGAUGGAAUUACUGAUAUCCUAGAAUGUGAAAUGUUUGAGUGAAGUAUGUACAUUUAAAAAAAUUAUGAUUAAUCUGUUAAUUUUUGAAGGUUUAUAAUAUUUAUAAUGCCUUUGG